CUCGACAUUCUUGAUCUUCUUUCUAUUCUUUAUCACCCCCAUCCGAAAGUAAUGAAACCGCUGGCUAUACCCUAAGGGGCAGUUCUACACAAGUCGGGCAGUUCUAGAAGUCAAAAUGGAGGAAUCGUCACGUCUUCUUAUCCGGAAGAAGCGUAUAAUUGAUAGAACAAGAUAUGAGUCGCAUGAAGAGCCAGUACCAAUGAUACCAACAAUUUAUAAUGUUCCAUAUAUUGUCGAAAUUCAAAAGAACGGAAUCCACGUUUGCGGCGGUACCAUCUUAUCGGCUAAUGUUAUCAUAACUGCCGUUUUCUGCGUUUUCCAGAGUUUACAGCGCGUCAGGUACAUCGUUAAAUCUGGCUCAACAAUUAUAGGGGCUGGUAGAAGUCAUUCUGUUUUAGAAAUUCGACGACACCCAUCAUUUAGUCGGUUCCGUACGUUUGAUGGCAACUUUGCUUUGCUUACCAUUUUUCCACCUAUUGACUUGGUACAUUCGCCCAAUCGAAAAAUACCAUUGUAUAAUGCGACUAUGCUCUUACCGCCAAGGACUCCUGUUACUGUUAGCGGUUGGGGGCGUGUGGACGAUUGCAGAAUAAGACGAUUUGGAGAAGGAUACCAUUUCGCUCAGGAAUUACGAUCGAUCAGUGUGCUGACAAUUAGCUUGGAUCGAUGUCGACGUGCACACGGCAACGAUCCUGAAAUUACAAGUAAAGUGAUUUGUACCCAUGACCACUUUCUUCCAAGACACUGCAGCUAUGGUGACGAUGGUGGUCCUUUAGUGAUCAAUGAAAAUGGUCACCUGGUCGGUAUCCUCUCCACAACAGAGGAGAAUCCACAUAUUCCUGACAUUUUUAUUAAUUUGGCUUACCCUCAAUACAAUGUCUGGAUCCAAACAGAACUUGCAAAAACUGCACUGUUGUACCCAGCCCGCAUUUGAAGGUAUAAGAAGGAUAACUGGAUGAACCUUUAAUUUUUCAAUCAAGAAGUGAAUGAUGAAAUUUCUAUAGGCACAACAUUGGAAAUUUGAAUAAAUUAGCUAAAAGCUAAUGAUAUUUAGGAAUUAACGAUAUUCUGUAACUAAACAGUUAAAAACUACUGUCUACAAGUAGUAUUAACGAUUAAAAAACACGUA